CUCUCCUAAUGUAAAUCAAUGGGAGAAAGAGUCGUGUGGCUGUAAAAAACGUCACAUAGGCUGUAUUAUUUCAGGCCAUUACAGAAAAUCGGGAUUCACUGUUUUCAGCUGCGUUUCAGUCCUCUCCACAUUUCUCGCGAGAGUCGGAAACCGGAAGGGUUCGGACGUGUCAUGUGAUAUCCUCUUGCUGGUGUUUGAGUAGCUAUGUCAAAAUAAUUCAUUUUUUUAAAAAGACGGGUUUUGAAGAGCGUCACGUUUGAUCCAAAAGGACCUUUACAAGAUGCAGAACGUGAUAAACACGGUGAAAGGGACGGCUCUGGGUGUGGCGGAGUUUCUCACUCCAGUGUUGAAGGAAUCGAAGUUCAAAGAGACUGGAGUCAUUACACCGGAAGAGUUUGUCGCAGCAGGAGAUCAUUUGGUGCACCAUUGCCCCACAUGGAAAUGGGCCACUGGGGAGGAAGUCAAGGUGAAGCCAUAUCUGCCGCAGGAUAAACAGUUUCUCCUGACACGCAAUGUUCCUUGUUACAAGCGCUGUAAACAGAUGGAGUAUUCAGAUGAGCUGGAAGCCAUCAUUGAAGAGGAUGAUGGAGACGGGGGUUGGGUGGACACUUACCACAACUCAGGUGUGUUAGGAGUCACAGAUGCUGUACGAGAGAUCUCCCUGGACAAUAAUAAGGACAAGAAUAUGAACGCCAAAUCUGCAGCAUGUUGUGAUGAUGAUGAUGAUGAUGAAGAAGAGGGAGAAGCAGCCGAUAUGGAAGAGUACGAGGAGAGCGGCCUGUUGGAGACAGAUGAGGCCACCUUGGACACCAGUAAAAUGGUUGAAGCCAAAGCAGAGCCGGGGAGUGAAGACGCCAUCCUCCAGACUCGAACAUACGACCUGUACAUCACAUACGAUAAAUACUACCAGACCCCUCGACUGUGGCUCUUUGGAUAUGAUGAAGAUAGACAACCUCUGACUGUAGACCAGAUGUACGAGGACAUUAGCCAGGACCACGUGAAGAAGACAGUCACCAUUGAGAACCACCCCAACCUUCCCCCACCUGCCAUGUGCUCUGUCCACCCCUGCAGACAUGCUGAAGUGAUGAAAAAGAUCAUCGAGACGGUGGCAGAGGGAGGAGGAGAGCUGGGAGUGCAUAUGUAUCUGCUCAUUUUUCUCAAGUUUGUCCAGGCCGUCAUUCCCACAAUAGAAUAUGACUACACAAGACACUUCACCAUGUAGCUUCAUACGCGUGCUUCUGCUAAUGCAUCGUUAGAAAGAGGGGCUCUUCAGCCUCUAUGUCCAGAGUAUGUCUGGUUUUUGGAGUGUUUAAGAACCGGGAGGUGUGUGACAAAGCUGUCUGUUAAAGGAACAAUCUGACAUUUUGGGCAGCAGUCUUGUUUUCAGAGAAACCCAGAGUCAGAUCAACUUGGGUUUGUCUGUGUGGAUUCAUGUGUGCUGUCUAACUGAUACUAGCCUAGCAGUGGCAGGAACAGUUGGAGCUGUCUUAUUUUCAUGUUGUAUUGUUUUUAUUCCACCAGUGGAAAAAUGGAAAUGUAAAAUUCACGUACUUGGAACUAUUUAUAAUCCGCCUGCAAGCUAACAACAAUUUAUUUUGGUUCUCACACUGUGGCUCAUAGUCUCUGCUUACUUCUGGGCUUUGUGCUAAGCUAGGCUAACCACAUUCUGGAAACCUCUGUACUGGACAACACUGAUUUGUAUCUGACUCUGGGAAAGACUGCAGACCAGGCUCUAUGUCUGAGGGUUCUCUACAGGUUUACGGAUGUGACCACCAAGUGGUGGAAUCUCAAGUUCUUUGUAGAUGCCAUUAUUGAAACUCACUCCAUUCCACACUACUUGAAAUAUAAGAGUCCAUAUCCGCAAAUAAAUAGACAUUGGUUGUUUAAAUUUGAGCUUCUUGAGAUAGAAUUAUGUCCCCUGGAAACCGCUCUCUGCUGCUGCUGGAAACUGAUGAGAAGUUGGAGGCCAUAAAAACCAAAAGAAUGAGCCCUGCAUUAAGGUCCUUCACGGCCUUUAGUCAUCUGUUUAUAUACAUCUGUUUCUUGUACAACGACGCAUAAUAUUCAGAGGAAAAACAUCAAAUCUGGUCACAGCUAUGGGUACGGAAAUGAUAUUCUGAAUGUGUCUGUAUCUAGUUCUGCUACCAUGCCCCACGGCAGGGCUUAUUAUUGCUUCCAUUUUGGUGCACUUUCUAGAAGGCAUGGCUGAAGUCUGCUGAUGUAAAUGAGCUCUUUAUGCCGGUUUGUCUUAAUACUUCAUUCUCUGAAUGUGUAGAUGGCCAGACCUUUUGGAUCAUACAUGGUUUUUGUGGUAAGCUCCUAUGGUUUUUUGUGUCCGCACAAUGUCCCUCCUGUGUAGCUUGUGUCAGAAGCAGAGACACUAUUUUCAGUUUCUGGCUCUGAGAGCUGUGUGAAGGCUGCCUCUAUUGUGCAGCAUUUCCCCAAACAAAUGAAUUAUUUUAUUGUCAUAAGCCUCUCUAUUUACUUCAAUAAAUCCUUCAAUGAAUAUCUGGUCUAGUUUAUUGAAACGAUUUUGUUUCAUUCCUGUAUGUGGCUCAAUAGACUACAUGUAUUCAACAGUACUCUCUACAUAAAAUACCUGAUCUGUAAUGCUUGCUUUACUUGUAUUCUGUUGGUUUGAUGAAAUAUUCACCUAAUAAAGACUUUAUCAAAUAUUGCAAAAAGAA